AUGCUCGACAGGAGCUUUCUCACUCCAGGCCAAUACAACAGCAUUAGACACUUCGAUGUCCAGAUCCACCAUAUCCUCCCCGAAGUCUUGCAUGGAAUUGGAGAAAUCCUAGUCAAAUAUCAAAUGCACUUCGAGUUUGGCCCAUUUCUCCUCCACCGGCACAGUGAGCUCCGUGCGGGUAGCGUCAUGGUGCAGAGGAACCCAGACACUGAAACCGAGAUCUGCAGGAUGGAGCGGCUGGAGAAUGAGGGGUCUCUCAGUCCUUGCUCAUUCUACAUGGACGCUGCUCGACACUUUAAGGCGUUCGAGUAUAAGGAAGGACCUGAAGUGGCUGUGCCACGAGAAGAAUUCCUGGAAGAGCUUGGGUCGUUUUUACAUAUUCAUCAACUGGGAGACGUUAUUGGUGUAUCAACGUUGCCAGCGGGUGAUGAGCUAUGGGUAGAAACGGUACUCGCAGACGGACAAGGCACGAUUGCGAGACGUAUCCCACACGAUCAGGCCUCACCAGGCGUUGUCACGGAAUGGGCUUUCUUUGUACAAGACGGUGUGCUCGGAUACAAAGAAAUGCGAAAGUGCAACACGCCACCAGAAGGUGGAGGCCAUGUGAGAAGCUGA